AUGAGGGAUGCUACCGACGAUGGCCGAAAGGCUUUACAAAUACUCCGAGACCAUUAUGCAAAUCAAGGCAAACCAAGAAUCAUCACACUCUACACUGAGCUAACGUUACUUGAAAAAGCACUUCACGAGACAGUCACAGAUUACUUAAUAAGAGCCGAGAAAGCAAUAACAGCGCUUAAGAACGCCAAAGAAACGUUAAGCGAUGGGCCAAUAAUUGCUAUGAUCUUAAAGGGGCUGCCUGAUUCAUAUAAACCGUUCUCGAUACAUGUGACCCAAAGUGCAAGUGAGAUAACGUUCGCGAAGUUUAAGAGCAUGUUGAGGAGCUUCGAAGAAACGGAAAAGCUCAACACCAAACCGAAAGUUGAUCAGGUAAUGAAAGCUGAGUUUCCUUCGCAAACAAUGACAUGUUAUGGCUGCGGGAAAAAGAGGGCAUUUAGUCAGAGAGUGCCCUGCUAAGAGCGAGAAGAAGUGGUGUAACUAUCACAAAAGUACAACACACUCGGAUAGCACCUGCAGAAGUCAGCAAAAGAGGAAAGACCAAGCCAAACAGGUGUCGGAGAAAGAAAACACUUCUAAGGAUGAACAUUCAUUUGCAUUCAAAGUUAACAACGAAGCAACAGCGAAAAUCAAUCGAAUGGGAAUGUUGGUUGACACAGGUGCCACUUCUCACAUUGUUACUACUGAUAUUUUAAAGCAAAUAGACAUGACAUUUAAACCAUCAAAACAUUACAUCGAACUGGCUGAUGGCACACGAGCCAGUAAUAUUGCAUUGAAACGAGGGGAUGCUGAAGUGUUUCUGAAAGAUACAAAUGGAAAAUGUGUGAAAACGUUGCUGAAAAACGCCUUAUAUAUACCAUCCUAUCCUCAAGAUAUUUUCUCAGUGAAGGCAGCCACAUCAAAUGGAGCCGAGCUUCGAUUUGCCCAAGAUACUGGUGAGCUAACCCUUGAAGAUGGUACCAUUGUUGAAAUUGAAGAACAUGGACGGUUGUACUAUUUGACUUCCAUAGACAGUCAUGAGAACGAUAGCGUAAGUGAAGUAGAUAAAGUAAAUCUCUUGUAUGAUAUUAACACAUGGCAUGAAAUCCUAGGGCACUGCAAUUUUGAAGAUAUUAUAAAACUACAGGGGGUAGUUAAGGGCAUGAAAUUCUCAGGUAAAAUUGAGUCAUCUAAGUUAGGUUGUAAUCCAUGUGUAGAAGGAAAAUUUGUAAACAGCAGGAGUAGGAUUCCUGAUGCAAGAUCUCAAAAAUCAUUGGAGAAAGUGCAUGUGGAUUUGGCAGGUCCAGUUUCUCCUGUAUCAAGAGAGGGGUUUAAGUACUGCAUAUCUUUUACUGAUGAUUUCUCAGGAGCAGUAUUUGUUUACUUUCUGAAAUGUAAAAGUGACACCUUUGUAGCAACAGAGAAAUUUCUAGCAGACAUCACUCCUUAUGGCAAGGUAAGUUGCAUCCGUUCUGACAAUGGCUCAGAAUUUACAGGUAAGGCGUUUCAAACACUACUAAGGGAGCGUGGCAUAAAACAUGAAACUUCUGCUCCCUACUCGCCACACCAGAAUGGCACCGCUGAAAGGCACUGGCGCACAUUGUUCGAAAUGGGCAGAUGUCUUCUUCUUCAAUCAGGGUUACCCAAAACUCUCUGGCCCUAUGCAAUUCAAACCGCAGCUCACAUUAGGAAUAGAUGUUUUAACAAGAGAACAAAGACAACACCCUACUUUAGCCUUACUGGGAAAGUACCUGAUCUUUCUAAAAUGUGGAUCUUUGGAUCUGAAUGUUUUGCUCACGAACAGGAGCAUAAGAAAUUAGACUCAAGAUGCAGCAAGGGGGUAUUUGUGGGAUACGACAAAAAUAGCCCUUCUUACCUGGUGUACUACCCAAAAAAUGGGAAAAUCAUGAAACAUCGACUCAUUAGAUUCAUCAAGAAAUGUAGUGUAGAACAGCACACACAAACUGAUGAGUCCAGGCAGGGAUUGUGA